AUGUUAACCCCAAUCCCCCGCACCUACCCCGACUCCGAUCCCGCAGCCCGUUGGACCACAGCCAUCCAAACCCUCAUCUCCGUUCUCGGCCAAGAUGCCGUCCUCAUCGACUCUGCCCUCUCCGGUUACAUCGACCCGUACAACCUUCGCGAGGCAGAACAACGGAAAUACUCUAAUGCAAUCGACCUCAAGACCCUAGACUGCGGCAUCGGGCUUGGCGCCCUCUUCACCCAUCCCCAUACACAGUAUAUCGCCGGCCUAGAAGACAUGGUUGCCUCCGGCAACCUCGUCCAUAUGGGACAAUGGGGAUCACGGCCAACGAGCCACCCAACGCCUUUUCGAUCCAAAUUCACCUACAGUCCCUUCAUCGAAGGCUUCUUCCUGUAG